AUGUUGGACGAGGCCAUGUUAGUAGAGAGCGGCGGCGGCGGAAAAAGCGAAACAACAGCGUCUUCUCCUUCUCCUUCUUUGUCUUCUUCUUCUUCUCAGCUCGUCGUGGGGCCUCGAUUCUCGCAGGAUCUCAGUUUCCUCGUCUUCCCGCAAAACGCCGUCGAAUGUGCUCUUUGUCUCACGCUUGCGUUUUUCGCAAUCACAGUCUAUCAUACUUUUUCUUCACAUCCCAACGAGUUAUUAAAGACGCACAUAUUUAGCAUGACUGGAGCGUUUGGCGUGUGUUUACCACUCGGGGCGUUAAUCGCUCUCAAGCUGAGACGGUUUGAGGACUUGAGACGAACGAGAGCGUUGAUUGUACACGCGUUCGUUCAAUCUCUGGGAAUUUUCUUUUUCAGCUGUGGAGUGUGCGCUAUUUACGAAAACAAAGUGAGAAAAGGAAGCGAUCAUUUCACGACGCUACACUCAAAAUUCGGUUUAUUGACGUUAUUCGUGUCCGUGUUCGGAGCGGUGGCGUUUGGGGUGAUAGGAUUUAAGAAGACCGGGGUCGCGCGGGUUGCGAAAAUGAGCGAACACGCCGUCGCGCAAACAAAGAAAUAUCACCGAAACAGCGGCACGGCUGUCGUGUUGUUAUCGUGGGUAACUAUAACCUUGGCGUUCCACCACCCGGCCGUUACAGAUGCGACGGUCAAUUAUUUGAUAGUCUUUUGGUACAUUCUUAUGUUAAUAGCUGCGACGGCGUUUAUAGUAGUAACGAGAGGGCCAGAGCCGACGAGAGUUUUGUAG